UACCGUCAGCACUUAUUCUCGACAUGGACGAGCCAUCUGGCGGCGGCGAGCAUCAAGUACCGCGCAGACAUCGCCCGUACUGAAUACCUUUCCAACCCUGACGAGCGUCUGCGCUGGCAGGCCAAUGCGCUGCCCACUGAUGAGCUGUGUGUUGAAAAUGCAAUCAUGCUAAAGCGCUUCAACCGGUAUCCACUAAUCAUAGACCCAUCGGGACAAGCCACAGAAUUCAUAAUGCGAGAGUUCAACGAACGCAAGAUCACAAAGACAUCAUUCCUUGAUGACUCCUUCAGGAAGAAUUUGGAAUCGGCGCUGCGUUUCGGCAAUCCUCUGCUCGUUCAGGAUGUAGAGAACUACGACCCUAUCCUGAAUCCGGUGCUGAAUCGCGAGCUGCGGCGCACAGGCGGUCGCGUGCUCAUCACGCUCGGCGACCAGGACAUCGAUCUUAGUCCAUCCUUCGUCAUAUUCCUCAGCACAAGGGACCCGACGGUGGAGUUCCCGCCAGACAUGUGCUCGCGUGUGACCUUCGUGAACUUCACUGUGACGCGUUCGUCUCUGCAGUCCCAGUGCCUGCAUCGCGUGCUCAAG